AGAGGAAGUGACAGUUUAUCAGAUUCAAUUUCAAGCUGCUUAGCUGCUUAGUAACUAACAAAGACGUUCACUCAUUGUUUUUAUGGUGAAAGACUACAGCUAUGGAUGAACUUGAUUUGUUGCUGGAAGAACUGGCCUUGAACACAUCUGGUUCAGGAAGCAAAGUAAAUAUAUCCACAGAAAACCCUGGUGAAUGUACCAAGUAUGUCAACAUCUCUAGCUGUUCAAAUGUGUACAGCUCAUCUCCUGUACCUAUAGCUGCAACAGAGAGAGAUAUGUCCCCAACUGAAGAGCUGCAGUCUGUCUUAGAAGAUCUCUUGGAUCUGGCAGAUCAGCAUCAAGAACCAAAAGAAAGCCCACCUCCACUUGCACCAAAACUGUCUGUAAAAAAAAAAGAAGAAACAUCACACAAAGAAAACAGCAACGUUCAACCAACUCAGUCUAAAAACACAGACAUAAUAGAUGAGCUCCUGGGAGACCUGAGCUCGGACUUGGAGAAGAUAGGUGUCAAGACUGCAGCAAAAGGCCACUGUGCUGCCUGUAAAAAGAUCAUUAUGGGAAAGAUAAUCACAGCACUGGGAGAAACAUGGCAUCCAGAGCACUUUGUAUGUUCAGUGUGUAAGAUGGAGCUGUGCACAACAGGUUUCUUUGAAAGAGAAGGGCGGCCAUAUUGUGCAAAAGAUUAUCAUGACGAGUUCGCUCCUCGCUGUGCGUACUGCAAAGGCCCCAUUCUGCAGAACAUCCUGACUGCGCUGGAUCAGACGUGGCAUCCAGAGCACUUCUUCUGCUCACACUGUGGAGAUCUUUUUGGACCUGAAGGUUUCCUGGAGAAGGACGGGAAGCCAUAUUGUUGCAAAGAUUUUUACCAUCUCUUUGCUCCUAAGUGCUCUGGGUGUGGAGAGGCACUCAGGGAGAACUACCUGACUGCGGCCAAUGGGACCUGGCAUCCUGAUUGCUUUGUCUGCGCCGACUGUCUGACACCAUUCUCCAAUGGAUACUUCUUGGAGCUAGAGGGGCGAGCCUUGUGCCCAUUGCACUUCCACUCUCGACAGGGAACUCUGUGUGGCGGCUGUGGAGAGCCUAUCACUGGGCGCUGCAUUUCUGCCCUGUCCCGCAAGUUUCACCCAGAGCACUUUGUGUGUGCCUUCUGCCUGCGCCAGCUCAGCCAGGGAAUCUUUAAAGAUCAGAAAGGCAAGCCAUACUGCAGCGCCUGCUUUAAUAAGCUCUUUGUGUAAACUUCAAGAAAAUAUGGUUACAUUUACUUUGUUCAUUAUUCUACAUAUUGGUUUGAGAUGGUGCUUUAUAGUGCUAUUCUGUAGGCUUUAGACAUGCACACAGAAUACAUUUCCAACUCACCCUGUGUGACUGCCAAGUUCAUAUAUUUUCAAAAUAAAUGUUUCAUGAUACUUAACAUUACAUUUUAACUUGUAAUCUACUAUAAAAAACAUAAUUUACUACAUAAAAAAGACUUAAUAUAAAACAAAUAUCAGGGUCUAUAAGUGUUUCAGUGUUUAAUCCAUUACUGAAAUAAUACCAAUUUCGCUCUUUACAUAACAUUUAAUUUUAUCUAUUGAACAAUGUGAGAAAGCAAAACAUUAAUAAUCAUAAUUUUAUGGGUUUAAGAUGGCCUACAAACUCUCCGUGUGAAAUGUAAAUAACUUCACCUUUUUAGGCAAAACUUUUGUUAUGCAAGAAAUAUCAGGCACAUUUUAUCUGGAUAAAUUUGUUGGUCAGUUUGAACGAAUUUCAUAAUAAAAUAAAAAUACAAAUUUUGGUCUGUAUAAAUCCCUGCAUUUCCUGAACCUCUCCUCACUUUGGGAGUUGGCAAAGCUGAGGUCCUCUCCUUCAGGAUGGAGCAGUGUGUGGACAGCUUGUGUUGGCAGCGGUUUGUUGUGAGCUGAGGUGCCAGGCCCAGUUUCCUCUUACUCCGACUGACCCCAUGGCACACAGCACUUUUACACAGCCCCUGCUUUCUCCAUACUGGGGACUUUAUAGCAGUGUACGGAAGAUUAAUGAACAUAGUCAACAAAGCUGGAUUUAUUGGCAUUCCUUCACAUCACUGUAGCUCUUUAGCACUUUGGAUUACUUGAAAUUUAAUACAACCAAAUUAAACAAAUUAAAUUGUUUUAAAUUAAUAAUAUUACUUCCAUAGUUCAGUGUUUGUGUCAUAUGCCCUUCCUUCUACGCCUCACUAAUGAGUCCACGCAGCUGAAAGAAGUUUAAGCUUUUACUAAAGAUAUGAAAUACAUAUAAAACACACACAAAUUAAUUACAAUUUAUGUAAGCUAAAAUUAUUACUGUUUAGUUUUAAAUACUAUUUUUGUAGUAAGUUUAGAGGAUUUCCGACAGUUCAUUCGUGAAUAAAACCAAACUCUUCGUAAUCUCAAACCAAAGCUUACUUGUUUGUGUUUUCUUAAUAUUUCCCAGUGUAAACAAAGUGUCCAUAUCGUACUGUAAACAGCCUCUUAUCUUUAGGCACACUGGGGCUGUUCUAUUCCCCUGCAGGCUGCUUUCCUCAGUUUCUCUCCAGACCACUUAGAACUGCAGUGUGGAGUAUGAGAGAGAGAGUGCAUGGGACCAUUAAUCAUGUUGUCAUCACCAUCAGACCAGGACUCCAUAACCUCUGCACAAUA